AAACCCCUGCACUACGGGACCCUCCUGGGCAGCAGAGCUUGUGCCCACAUGGCAGCAGCUGCCUGGGCCAGUGCCUUUCUCAAUGCUCUGCUGCACACAGCCAAUACAUUUUCCCUGCCCCUGUGCCAUGGCAAUGCCCUGGGUCAGUUCUUUUGUGAAAUCCCCCAGAUCCUCAAACUCUCCUGCUCACACUCCUACUUCAGGGAACUUGGGCUUCUUGCUGUUAUUGUCUGUUUGGUAUUUGCUUGUUUUGUGUUCAUUGUUUUCUCCUAUGUGCAGAUCUUCAGGGCUGUGCUGAGGAUCCCCUCUGAGCAGGGAAGGCACAAAGCCUUUUCCACCUGCCUCCCUCACCUGGCCGUGGUCUCUCUGUUCAUCUGCACAGCAGUGUUUGCCUACCUGAAGCCCCCCUCCAUCUCCUCCCCAUCCCUGGAUCUGGCCCUGUCAGUUCUGUACUCAGUGGUGCCUCCAGCCCUGAACCCCCUCGUC